AGUACCUCUGCGCUCCCGUCUGCUCUCCUGGAAUGGUUGUCGCUUCCCACCUCCCACGGAGGGAUGACUUAGGCUCGGAGCUGGCGCUGGCUCGGGUACCCGUGCAGAAUCCUCGGUAAGCCAAGAGAGAACUGUUUCCUGGGCUGCUUCCCUCACCCUUCCCAAAUGUGAGCACAUCACAGCCAGCACAGAGAAGGACCUCCUCUUGUCUUGCUUCUGCCUCCUGUUCUUUUGUCGGAAAAGCCAAACCAGAUCAGUCCACAAAGAACUUGAGCUGAUCUGAGGAGGAGGCUCUGGAGUUUCAGUCACUGCUUCCCAGGAUCCUGCUGUCGGCUGGAUUUUCUGUCCUUGACUUCAGCAGAUCGGCUACGGGGAAUCAGGAUCUUGGGUACUUUCAAUUCUUGUUUUCACUUGAACCUUCUCCACCAAGAAGCUGAAGCUGUCCCUGCUGAAAUCCCGUGUUUUUCCCCAAGCAUGUCAGAAAGCUGGCAGCAGCAACAGCAGCAACCACCGCAGCCACCACAGCAGCACCACGCUGGGGCAGCCGCUCUCACAGAGCACUCCAUCCCGCCCAGCACUGACAGCUCCCUGGGCUGUGCUGUCUACGGCAUACUGCUCCAGCCAGACCCCGGUCUGCAGCACCCCCAGCACGCCUCCCUCCAGGUUGGAGACCUGUCCCACAAAUGUGGGGUGUGUGGCCAUGACCUCACUCACCUCUCCAACCCCCAUGAGCACCAGUGCUUGCCAGGCCAUGAUCGCUCUUUCCAGUGUACCCAGUGCCUGAAGGUCUUCCACCAGGCCACUGACCUUCUCGAACACCAGUGCAUCCAGGUGGAGCAGAAGCCCUUUGUGUGUGGUGUCUGCAAGAUGGGCUUCUCCCUCCUGACCUCACUGGCGCAGCACCACAACGUCCACAACAGCAACGCCAUGAAGUGCUCUAUCUGUGAGAAAACCUACAAGCCCCCUGAGGCAGAGCAUCUGCAGCCUCUUGACACCUCAGAGAAGCCCUACAGCUGCUCCAUCUGUCAGAAAACCUUCAAGCACCUCUCGGAGCUGUCCCGGCAUGAGCGCAUCCACACGGGUGAGAAGCCCUACAAGUGCACGCUGUGCGACAAGAGCUUCAGCCAGUCAUCCCACCUGGUGCACCACAAGCGGACACACAGCUCGGAGCGGCCCUACAAGUGCACGGUGUGCGAGAAGACCUUCAAGCACCGCUCCCACCUGGUGCGUCACAUGUACGCGCACUCCGGGGAGCACCUCUUCAAGUGCAACGUCUGCGAGUUGCACUUCAAGGAGUCGUCAGAGCUGCUGCAGCACCCCUGCACACCCAGCGGGGAGCGACCCUUCCGCUGCAGUGAGUGUCAGAAGGCUUUCAAGCGCCCAUCUGACCUGCGGCAGCAUGAGCGCACGCACAGCGAGGAGCGGCCCUUCAAGUGUGACCUGUGCCAGAUGAGCUUCAAGCAGCAGUAUGCGCUGAUGCGCCACCGCCGCACGCACAAGGCUGAGGAACCCUUCAAGUGCAACCUGUGUGAGAAGGGCUUUGUGCAGCCCUCGCACUUGGUGUACCACCAGCAUGUGCAUGGCAUAGAAAACCUCUUCAAGUGCAACGUGUGCCAGAAGGGCUUCAACCAGUCCUCGGAGCUGCUGCGGCACAAGUGUGUGCAGAACGCAGAGCGUCCAUUCAAGUGUGGCAUAUGCAACAAGUCCUACAAGCGGGCCUCAGCGUUGCAGAAGCACCAGCUGGCCCACUGCUCCGAGAAGCCCCUCAAGUGCACGCUCUGUGAGAGACGUUUCUUCUCCUCCUCCGAGUUCGUGCAGCACUGCUGCGACCCGGCCCGUGAGAAACCCCUCAAGUGCCCUGACUGUGACAAGCGGUUCAAGUACGCCUCAGACCUGCAGCGCCACCGGCGUGUGCACACCGGUGAGAAGCCCUACAAGUGCCCCUCCUGUGAGAAGGCCUUCAAGCAGCGCGAGCACCUCAACAAGCACCAUAGUGUGCAUGCCCGGGAGCAGCAGUACAAGUGCAUGUGGUGCGGGGAGCGGUUCCUGGACUUGGGCCUGCUGCAGGAGCACAGUGUCCAGCACACAACCGAGGGCGCCUACCAGGUGGCUGCCUGCUUGUCAUGAGCCUCCUGCCCCUUGGUGGCUUGCAGCUUGCAUGUGAUGCUCCAGAGCCUCAGCCUCCCCCUUCCCUCUUCUUGGUUGUAAACAGAGUUUGGGGGUAGAGAGGUAGGGAGGUCAGGCAGGUAAACUUUCCUCUGGCCUCUGUGGUUGCUACACCACUUGUUUUACAGGGGCGAUGGACGAUGUGAAAAGCUCAAAGGGGUGGAGAGGAAAGGAGGGAGGUGGGGAGCCUGUAGUUGCCUAGUUCACGCUGUACCUGCAGUUCCAGUGCUGGGAUCUGAGCUGUGGGCACCAGCCUUUCGCAUGCAGCCUUUUUUCAGUCCUCUGCCUGACGGUGCUGGUCCAUAGGGCUGGGUGACUCCUCCUGAGAGGGCUUAGGAGAAGGGCAGAGAGAGCUCAGCGAGGAAGUAGCAGGUUUCUGCUUCUGGGAUCUUCCAUAUUUCUUGGUCCAAGAUCAGUUGCAAGGACUGCUUCAGUUUGUUAGUGUUGACUGCCUUGACCUCCCCUGCUCUCCCUCUUUCUAGAGUGUAGAAAGGGAAAAGCCAUGGGGCCGCAUAGCUCCAAAAAGCACUUUGGCAUUGCUGCUUUUGCAGUCAUUGGCUAUCACACCCUGCAAGGGUCCUGGGUGAGCCUGCCCAUCCCUGCCAGCAGCAUGGGGAGGAGUAGCAAGCGCUGUGCCUCUACUGGCAAAUGUGGCAAGGAGGGUCUCCCUGCCCUGCUCAUGACUGAGAGCCUGCUUCCGGAGGGACCCAGCUCUCCUGCCAAAACUCCCUCCCAGCCUCUGGGCCCCUUUGCACUGCUUGGGCUGUCAGCAUCCCCCCGGGGGCAUCAGGCAAAGAGCCCUUCUGGCUGUUGUAACAGUAAAGGUUGAGAGAACACUACUAAUAACCUACAGUUUGAGAAGUGUCAACCUUGCCAACAGGAACCCAUGCUGCCAGGAGCUUGGUGGCUGAUUUGCUGGAGGGAACCAAAGCAAGCCAGGGGCAUCCAUCCUGGCCUGCAGGCUGGGCUCUAGAGGAAGGGGAAGGUCAGGAGUGGGCAAAGGAGUGCAUUUUUCCCCUCUUGUGGGAGUCCUGUUUUACCCCUUUACUCUGUCUUUACCUCUUCUGUAUUUUUCAGGUUUUGCACAGUUCUUGUAAACAUCACUUACAAAUAAAUUUCCCCUAGCAAAGUUGAUGCAGCCUCAGGUGUUUUCCUCUGCAGGAAUUUGCUGGCUUCUCAUGACCGAGGGACCUGUUACAUGCCAGUUAGAUGCCUUGGAGAUUGAAGGUGUGCUCACUAGGUUGCCCAUCAGCCUUUCCCUCUCUGUCUUUGGAGACAUUAAGAUGUUAAAAGUCCAUCUGCAGGGAUACUCACCCACUUGCUGUAUAUGGUCGUGGACAGCCUGCUGUAGCUGACCUUGUGCAAGCAGAUUGGACAAGAUGGUUCCCCAAGGUCCCUGCCAGCCUCAGCUCUUCUGUGCUGUUUGUUGGCCGUUGUGUGAGGCAGGAAUGUUGUGAUGAGUGGUAAUUAGUAAGCAGUAGCCAGUAACUUGCCCUUGUGCUGCACAGGUGAUGAGAACAAGGUUAAUAAAUAUUGUCCACAGCAAAUACAGGAAGAUGAACCUUGUAGAGGCCUGGGCAGCACCUGCUUUGCUGGUUGGGGACUACUCAUAUAAAAGGUGGAGAAGGACUUUUGUUUCGAGGAUGGUGAGGAGGGAUGGGGACAAUUCAGUGAUAGGUCUGACUCUGGGGCUCAGUCUUCAUGUGCAGCUUUAAGUGGGUUAAAGCAGAGCUUGCUCUGUGCUGCCCAAGGAAGAGGGAACGAUGGUUAUCUUCAUGCUGCCUCAAAGAUGUAGAACUUCCUACCGAGUUUUCUGUCCGUGUUUCUAUUUCCUUUUUUCUUGUUUUGCCUUUUUUUUUUUCUUUUUAAGCAGUUUGUUAAUACUCAUUAAAAAUACUGUAUAGUUUAA